AUGUUAGGAAACAAGGUAAGAGUAGCAUGCCAAAAGCGAAAAGCGGUAAUGACCUUCCAAAUGCAAGAACGAAUGUAUAACGAACAACGCCAAGCAUUAUUUGCUAUAGCGCUCAGGGACACCUUGUUGAGACCUCAAAUUACUAGAAACCAAUUUCAACCUUUGCUCACAGGAUCACUUACACAAACAGCACACAAGUUGGGUCCGGACUAUGACUCUGAGAAUAUUGCAAAAUUGGAAUCAAUAUACGAAACGGUGGACGAUAUAGAGGGAAUAGUGGGAGGCCACCUUGAAAAACCUAAACCUGGAGCAAAGGUGGGUCCAACAUUCUUUUGUAUCAUAGUAAAACAGUUCCUGCGAGUCCGCAGAUGCGACAGAUUUUUUUUCGAACACCAAGAAGCAGGAUUUACCAAUGCCCAGCUGAAGGAAAUUAGAAAAACCACUCUUGCUGGAUUUAUUUGUGAAAACGGUAAUGCUGUAGAAAAGAUGCAAACAUACGCUUUCAAGACACCUGUAACAUCACCUGUUGCUGGAGAUGCUCCUGAUGACUUAAUAAUAACAUUACCCACAGGGAGUAAAGUCCAAGGGCAUAUUCUUAAAAGCUUUGAAGGGAAUGAUUUCCAAGCUUUUGAAAAUAUACCAUAUGCAGAAGCUCCAGUUGGAAAGAACAGGCUAAAGGCAUUACCUGUAUAUUUGUGGAUUUAUGGGGGAUCUUUUAAUGUUGGAUAUGGAACUUUGUAUAAUCCCAAAUUCUUGAUUGACUAUGAUAUUAUAAUUGUUACAAUUAAUUAUAGACUUGGAGUUUUAGGUUUCUUAACAACGAACGAUGAUAAUAUUCCGGCAAACUUGGGACUAAAGGAUCAAUUGCUUGCUCUUCAAUGGGUACACGACAAUAUUAUUGCGUUUGGAGGGGAUCCCAAUCAAGUUACAAUAGGUGGUGAAAGUGCUGGAAGCAUAUCCGUUGGAUUUCAUUGGCUCAACAAACAAGCUCGAGGUUUAUUCACUGGAAUUAUUCAACAAAGUGGCUCACCAUUAUCGUCUUUCUUAUCCAAACAAGGUAGUCGAGAAAUAGCGUUUGAAUAUGGGAGACAACUGAACAACUCCUUUAACUCUAGUAAAUCCAGUGACCUAUUAGUAACAUUACAAGAAGCGUCGUUGUCAGAUAUAUUAAAACUGCAAAAAAACGUUGAUGUCGAUAGUGAUUUAUUUAAACAGAGGGCAAAGUUCUACGAUGAAAACCCAAAGGAGAUUCCCAACGAAGCAUUAAAUAUAGCUGAAGAGAAUAAAGAACAUGUUGGUGCAGCAUUAAGAAAACACUAUACUAACUCAUCAUUUGAGGAAGAUGCAUUAGCACUUAUACAAUAUACUAGUGAUGAAGUUUUUGGACGGUCGGUAGGACGUCAAGCUGAUGCUGCAUCUCGAUAUGUUCCUGUAUAUAUGUAUCAAUUAUCUUGGUACAACAAAAGCAACCAAUUUCCAGGUGUUGAACAUACAGCAGAUUUGCAUUACUUCUGGGAUUUUACUCCACAAGAAGCUUCACACAACGAUACUCUCCGAAAACCUCUAUUUAAGUGGUGGACUAAUUUUAUAAAAUAUGGAUGA